CUAAACUCUCUCAUACAUGUGACAGAAGUCAUAUACAAACAAACGACGUGCAUUGAAGAUUCAGUACAUCUAGUUGGUCUAAAAUAUAGAACAUUAUUUUUACACACAGAUUUAUGUUAAAUCUACAAGUAAAGAUGUUGACUCCCUUAAACAGUAUUAUCUGCUCUAUUGUUCUCUUGUUGAUAACUAUUUCACCAAUUCAAUCGUCACAAAAAGAAACUACAGAAAAUACCUAUCAGGCUAUCAGAGAAGACAAAAAACCAAUGACGUCAUUGUGUCCUUUACCUUGCUAUUGCUCAGAGGAUAUAAACAAACAUGAAUUUAGUGUAACGUGUUCAAACAGAAGGUUACAGAAUAUUCCAGAUAUUCCACCACAAGUUACCGCAUUGGAUUUACAGAACAACCGCAUCACAAACAUUACUUGCAAUGAUUUCAAAGAGCUCUCGAAUUUGAAAAAAUUAAGUUUGUCGUAUAAUAAAAUUGAAACACUGGAAAAUGUUUGCAUAUUUUCAAAUCAAGCUAAAUUAGAAAUACUGCAAAUAACACAUACUACUUUGAUAUACAUUGAGCCGUUUGUAUUUUCAAAUCUUUCACAGCUGAGAAUUUUAGAUUUGUCACACAACAAUCUUAUUCAGAUUUUAAACUAUUCAUUCUUCGGUCUCAGUUCUUUGACAUUCCUGUCCCUCCAACACAACAGUUUGAAAUACUACAACAAUACAUUUGAGCUGGAAGCAUUUAUCGGACUUAACCAGUUAGAGAUAAUACAUUUAGAAGGCAACAACCCAACGUUUGAUUUUUCUACCUACCCAGACGAAGCUCUCUCCAAGCUGACGAAUCUUCGGGAAAUUUUCCUUGACGGAUACCCUAUUCAGCUUGGGCGUGGCUUCAGAAAGUUGCAGAAUUUAGAGACAAUACACAUGAAUAACUACCCACCAGGAACGUUCUGUGUCUUCAAUUCUUCAAUACCUGACAAUUUUUUUGAGAACAUCGUGUCACCAAAACCAUUCUCGCUAGAUCUUAAUGGCUGUCAGUUAAAAUAUUUACCACCAAAUAUUUUCAGGCCUAUUUCAAAUCUGAUCUUUUUAAAUCUCAAUAACACUCGAAUGCUUUUACUGACAGGGUUUGAAAAUGGUUCAAUGUCAUUGAACGAUUCUAAUAUAAAGGUGCUCAAUUUAUCAGCAAUAAACAUCGAUGGGCCUUAUUUCUCUGCAGUUUCAAGACAAAUGUUUCGUUAUUUAAAAUAUACACCACUGGAAUCUCUUGACAUAUCCAGCAAUGGAAUUUACACAACAGACGCUUUUGCCUUUGUAGACCUGCCUCACACACUUAGGUAUUUAUCUGUUAGAGAUAACAAAAUGGCCAGGUAUUAUAUCUUUAUUGCUAGCUUAACUCUGGGACAGCAAUAG